CUGCCCACCAUGGCCGUCGCCAGAGUCGUCCUGUACCGCGCCCAGCGCGCCGACCCUGCACGCGUCGCCAAAGCCGCCCGCAUCGUGCGCUCCAUUCGAGGCCGGUACCGCGCCCAGGCCUUCCUGUUCCUCGCCUACCACUUCUUCCUCUCUGCGCCGCUGCACCUCGACGUCUUCGUGCUCUUCUUCAUCCUCGUCAGCAACUUCAUGAACCGCAGCCACGCCUUUCCCACCCACAUGUUCCUCGACGGCCUGCGCUUCCUGCUCGACGAGCGCCGCUUCCUCAUGCCCUGACCCACCUGCACGCCCUGAUCCACGCCCGCUUAUCGAUACCGCCCAUCUUAACCGCCCGCCCGACACCCGCAAUGGACUUUGACACCGCCAGCCAGAGCCUGUCGCCUGGCGCCGCCACCAGGAACCCCGAGCUCUGCCUGCCGGCCACCUGCGAGCCUCCCUCUGAGAGCAAUCCGCCCAAGCGCGCAGUAUGGAUUGUCUUUGGUGCCACAGGUCACAUAGGGCGCUCGCUCGUGCGCGCCAUUCUGGCCCACGGUGACCAGUGUACUGCUGUGGGCUGGACCCACGAGAACACGCCCGAGCAGAUGCAGGAGUGGCGGGACACUCGCUGUCUAGGUCUGCUGUGUGAUGUUAGAGUCAGGGAGACUGUCGACUACGUGCUGAAGAAGAGUCUCGAGCAUUGGGGCAAGACGGAUGUGAUUGUGAAUAGCACUGGUUAUGGUGUCAUUGGUGCGUGCGAGGACCAGGACGACUAUGACUUGCGCAACCAGUUCAGCACAAAUUUCCUCGGCACACUCCACAUCAUCCAGCUGUCGUUGCCGUACUUUCGCCAGCAGAACUCUGGCCGCUACCUGAUCUUCUCAUCCACUGCUGGAUCGCUUGGUGUUCCUGGUCUGGGGCCCUACUGCGCCACCAAGUACGCUGUCGAGGGCCUCAUUGAGUCCAUGCUCUACGAGAUCGACGCAUUUAACAUCAAGGCGACACUGGUAGAGCCUGGCCAUGUGCGGCUUGACGAACCAGACGACAACAUUGUGCCGUCCGGCUACCCUGUCACGCCUGGCGCAGGGCCUCCAAAGCCCAAACGCUACGGCCACUUCUCCGUCAAGCCGAACCCAAGCGAGGCCUAUGCAAGUCUGACGAGCCCUGCCCAGCAUGCACGGCGAAUGGUGCAAUGGCUGAACGACAGGCAGCCCGUGAGCGCCGUGAAGAGCGCAGAACUAGUAUGGCAGCUGGGACACUGUAGCUAUCCACCCUUGAGGUUGAUCUUGGGAAGCUAUGCUGUGGACAGUAUCCGUGACCGUUUGAAAAGUAUCACAGAAGAGAUUGAAGAUUGGAAACACCUAUCGUUUCCCACCACGGCUACGGACGACGAUGCCAUGUCAGAGAAAGGCAGGGCAUCUGAGAAGGGUGACGACGACCAUGAUGAGGAGAACGAAUAGAUGCCCUAUAUUGCCAAUCGCAAUUUGUAAGGAUGGUACCUGCAGCAGCCCCUCUUGUUGUACCUCGGCACGCCCGACGCCUUACGUCAUCUAGAAGUAGAUUAGUCUUUCUGAGAUACACCUAUAAGCUCUACGUCUUCUCUCCU